AUGAAUGAUGUGAUACAAAAGCUCCGGCCUCGUCUCCUCUCAUGGCUCCACAGAUCCCGCACUGGUAAAAAAAGAAACCAUCUUUGCUCGUUACCGGUUUCAAUUCUGAAGAUUCGCAACUGGGAUGGCGAGAACUCGAGGGUAUUGUGUCCUUUUUUUUUUUCCUUAUGGAAAUCAGUGGGUGGAAUCUUGAUUUAUGCAGGUCGGUUGGCUCUGUUUGUGAGGCGAUUUUCGUACCAGGAUAUUCGAACAUUAAUGUUCUUGUACAAUGUCUACAUGAUAGAUCCUCUGAGGACUCCCUUGGAUUGGAAGACAAGGCUGCAGGUAGCCAUUGGCGUGGCAGCUGGCAUUGGUAAGCAUAACUUCAACGCCAAGCUUUCUGACAUUGGCCUGGAUACUUCUGCCGCGAAUAGCUUCGCUUUGAUACGCCAGCGCUCUGACUCGGAAGAUCCUACCCCAUCGUGGCGUGAAAAUAUCAUCUUCCAGUUAGGCUUGCUGAUACUGGAGCUGGUGACAGGACAUGAGCUGAGAAAGCUUCUGGCUGUGGCUAGAGAAUGCAUUAGAUCGCGUUACGUACCUAAAUUUUCUAUUCAGCAGAUAUUCAGGUACCUUCAUCAGAAGGUCGAAAUUCCAAUAUGA